CCUCCUGUCUCCUCCACAGUCCGUCCUCCGCCGCCGGUGGACCUGCUGAGGAGUUUUUAGUCACUUUACAGGCAGGUGAGACCCCCCGUCCCGCGGGGACAGCAGGGCAGAGAUGACCGGACCCACGGCACCUCAGCGGCAGGACACGCGCAAAUUCGUGGAGAACCUGUCCGGAGCCGGCACCUCCAUCGCGGUGCUGACCAGCGGCGGAGAUGCUCAAGGUAUGAAUGCGGCGGUCCGGGCUGUGGUCCGGAUGGGGAUCUACGUGGGAGCAAAGGUCUACUUCAUCCACGAGGGGUACCAGGGGAUGGUGGACGGGGGAGACAACAUCAAGGAGGCGACGUGGGAAAGCGUCUCCAGCAUGUUGCAAGUGGGUGGCACCGUCAUCGGCAGUGCUCGCUGCAAAGAGUUUCGAACCCGCGAGGGACGCUUGAAAGCUGCUCACAACCUCGUGCAGCGCAGCAUCACCAACCUGUGUGUGAUUGGAGGAGACGGCAGCCUGACCGGAGCCAACCUGUUCAGGGAGGAGUGGAGCAGCCUGCUGAACGAGCUCCAGGAGCAAGGGCUCAUAGACGAGGAGGCCGUUCACAGUCAUUCAGAGCUUCACAUUGUGGGCAUGGUCGGCUCUAUUGACAACGACUUCUGCGGCACAGACAUGACCAUCGGCACUGACUCCGCCCUCCAUCGGAUCAUUGAGGUGGUGGAUGCCAUCAUGACCACCGCUCAGAGUCAUCAGAGGACGUUUGUGUUGGAGGUUAUGGGCAGACACUGCGGAUACCUGGCUUUGGUCAGUGCCCUGGCUUGUGGAGCAGAUUGGGUCUUUAUUCCAGAAAUGCCUCCUGAAGAUGGCUGGGAGGACAACAUGUGCCAGAAACUGUCCGAGACUCGAUCUCGGGGUUCCAGGUUGAACAUCGUGAUAGUUGCUGAAGGCGCCUGUGACAGUAAAGGACAACACAUAACCACUGAUUUUGUGAAGAACCUGGUAGUGAGCCGCCUGGGCUUUGACACCAGGGUCACUAUCUUGGGCCAUGUUCAGAGAGGUGGGACCCCAUCUGCCUUUGACAGGAUUUUGGCUAGUCGUAUGGGCGUGGAGGCGGUGCUGGCGUUACUGGAGGCGUCGACCGACACCCCGGCCUGCGUCGUGUCUCUAGUUGGGAACCAGGCUGUCCGCCUGCCACUCAUGGAGUGUGUUCAGAUGACCCAGGAGGUGCAGAAAGCCAUGGAUGAGAAGAAGUUUGAAGAGGCAGUCAGGCUGCGCGGCAGGAGCUUUGAACAUAAUCUGACCACCUACAGACUGCUCGCCUCCCGCAAAGCAGAUUCUGAACUCCCAAAUAGCUCCUUUAACGUGGCCGUGCUGAACGUGGGCGCCCCGGCUGCAGGGAUGAACGCCGCCGUGCGUUCUGCCGUCAGGGUGGGAAUCACCGAAGGCCACAAAAUGUUUGCAGUGAACGACGGCUUCGAGGGCUUCUACAAAGGACAGAUCAAAGAGAUUGGUUGGGGAGACGUUGGAGGCUGGACUGGCCAGGGGGGGUCCCUCCUGGGGACAAAAAGGACUCUUCCAGGGAAACAUCUGGAGAAGAUUGCUGAGCAGAUGAGGAUCCAUAAUAUUAAUGCUCUGCUGGUGAUUGGAGGAUUUGAGGCCUACCUGGGAUUACUGGAGCUCUCCUCAGCCCGGGACACGUACUCAGAGCUUUGUGUGCCCAUGGUCAUGAUCCCUGCGACCGUCUCCAAUAAUAUACCCGGCUCAGACCUCAGCAUUGGCUCAGACACCGCUCUGAAUGCCAUUACUGACACGUGUGACCGCAUCAAGCAGUCGGCCAGCGGCACCAAGCGGAGGGUCUUCAUCAUUGAGACCAUGGGGGGCUACUGCGGCUAUCUGGCCACGGUGGGCGGUCUGGCUGCGGGGGCCGACACCGUCUACAUCUACGAGGAGCAGUUUGACAUCCAUGACCUGCAGAACAACGUCGAACAUCUGACGCAGAAAAUGAAGACGAGCAUCCAGAGAGGCUUGGUGCUCCGAAACGAGAACAGCAACGAGAACUUCACCACUGACUUCAUCUACCAGCUGUACUCCGAGGAAGGUCGAGGAGUGUUCGACUGCAGGAAGAACAUCCUGGGUCACAUGCAGCAGGGCGGCUCUCCGUCUCCUUUCGACAGAAACUUUGGCACCAAAGUUGCAGCUAAAGCCAUUCAGUGGAUCACACGGAUGCUCAAAGAGACCUACAAAGGAGGGAGAGUGUUUGCUAACUCCGAGGACAGCGCCUGUCUGCUGGGGAUGCGCCGGAGAGCGAUGGUCUUCCAGCCUGUGGCCCAGCUUCAGCAGGAGACAGACUUUGUCCACAGGAUUCCGACGGAGCAGUGGUGGCUCAAGCUCCGUCCCGUCAUGAAAAUCCUGGCCAAGUACAAGACCAGCUACGACAUGUCCGACUCGGGCCAGCUGGAGCACGUGACCCAGGUCCGACCCAAAGAGAGCGACUUCUCGGCCUCGAUCUGAUCCGCCGGCGACGCUCAGACAGGAAACCAGCUUCACAUUUCAGUGACAGCCGCUAACACGACGAUGACUGAUCGGCUGCUGAUUGACUGCAAAGUGUUACGAAAGAGUUUUAAUCACAGAAUAUAAUUUAAACAGAAUAUAUUGUACGGUCACGGUGCUUUUCGGAGGGAGAUAUAGUCUAUUUUAGAUCAGAUUAUAUGAUAGAUGGUUGGAGAGAGCUCUAUAUUUAUUUUAAACAUGCUAACGUUUAUCACGGACUUCAGCUCCCCAUAUAGAAAUUUAAUAUAUGCACUACUCAUGAUGUACUUUAUUUAGGUUUUAGUCCCAGAGAUGUAGCUCAAUUUGAAGACACCACGCCGAGGGUGAUGCGUUUAAAGCCUAGCUUUUAUUCUUGUAUUUUCACCUUGAGCGUCAGUCAUAAAGAGCUUAUCUGCAUCUGGAGGAUCAUGCAGACUCAAGAAUGUCCACACCUCGACCGCAAAGUCCUGAAACCCGAAGCAGAACGUGGACUCGGGCUUCAGGAGCCGGUCGUGUGUACAGUCAACCGCUAACUGUACGUGUGUGUGAGUCGUGUUGUUGCCUUUGCUGCUCGCAUCCAUCCUGGGCUUUCAAUGUGGCACCUUAUUAUUGUUGUUGUUGUUGUUGUUUAUGUGCAGGUUUCUGUGAAGAACGUGUAGAACUGCACAUUGUUCCUGUUGCUUUCUAAGAGCGUCCUGUCCGAGUAAAUAAA